AAUAAACUCAAAAGAAGAAAAAAUGUCUUCGCAACCGAACCAAACCGAAGUUGUCAUCUCCGGAAUCGGGGGUUUCUUCCCGAAGGCGGAGAACUUUGAGAUGCUCAAGGAGGCUUUGCUCUCCAACGAGUCCUUGCUCGAGACUAGAUGGAAAGAAGGCGAAAGGGGGGUUACAAAUAAAAUCGGAAAAUGCCCAUCUAUUGAGUUUUUCGAUACGGCCUUCUUCGGAAUACACAGGCAGCAGGCGACAUUCAUGGAUCCGAUGCAGCGUCUCAUGCUGGAAAGGACCUUCGAAGCACUCGUCGACGCCGGAGUGAAUCCUCAGGAUAUCAGGGGGAAGAGGAUUGGGUGUUUCAUGGGUUCAUCCAUCGGAGAGAACGACAAUCUCUUCUUUGAGUCUAUUAUUAGUGGGUUUGGAGUCACUGGCCAUUCACGUGCUAUGAUGCCCAAUCGUAUCUCAUACUGGCUCAAUUUGAAAGGUCCAAGUUGUGCAUAUGACAGCAACUGGAUCAAUGGCAUAGAGGUGCUCCAAAUUGCUUUCGAUGCUGUGAGGGAGGGCCACUGCGAAGCUGCCAUAAUUGGGACGGCCAAUUUAGCCCUUAAUUCGGAAUUGUCCUGGCUGUAUAACGACAUGGGCCUAUUGUCGUCCGAUGGUUCAACAAAGGCCUUUGACGCUGAUGCGAGCGGAUACGCGCGCAGCGAUGGUAUCAUCGUCAUGUACAUCCAGCGGGCGGAGGAUGCCAAAAGGGCGUACGCGACGAUCGUCGGCACCGCUACGCAGUUCAACGGCCACAGGGAGGGCACUUUGAUGGAAGUCGACAGACCAAGCAUGGUCUCAUUCAUGCAGGAAUUCUACAGCAACUGCAAAAUUGAUCCUAAAGAUGUGGAUCUGGUCGAGUGCUACGGAUGCGGCAUAAAGUCAACGGACGAAGCUGAAUUGAACGCUAUUGACGAGGUCUACUGCAAGAACAGAAAUAAGCCUCUCAUGGUCGGUUCGGUUAAAACGAAUUCGGGACACAGCGAGGCCUCGGCCAACCUGAUCAGCAUCGCGAAAGUACUCGUAGCAAUGGAGACUGGAAAAAUUCCUGCCACCUUGCAAUAUUCCAAACCAAAUCCGAAUAUUCCGGCACUUGUUGAUGGUCGCAUCGAAGUAGUCACGAAGAACAAGGAUUGGAAUGGCGUUUAUGCAGCGGUGAACGGCAUCGGGUUAUCCUCCUCCUACGCUCAUUGCUUACUCAAAUCCAACCCAAAGAUCAAACGCAAGACAAACAACGGCUUACCAAAUUUGAUCGUGGCUUCGACAAGAACUGAAGAUGGUAUUCAGAAGAUUUUGGAUACGGUUAAAGACCAACCCGAAAUGGAUCAGGAGUACAUCGGGCUUACGCAAGAGCUAUUUUCGAAGGCCAUUCCAGGACAUCUGUACCGUGGUUAUUCUGUAUUGGAUACCGAAGGAGAAGUUAAAAGAGAAUUCGAAUAUUUUCCGGGGAAUAAAAGGCAGACCUGGUUCGUCUUCUCGGGAAUGGGAAGUCAAUGGAACGGAAUGGCUUCAGAUUUAAUGCAAUUGCCUCUUUUCGCUAAAUCUAUAAUGGAAUCUCACGAAACUUUGAAACCAUUCGGAAUUGAUCUUUUGGAUAUUGUCACUAGCAAAGAUCCCCAGAUGUUCGAUAACAUUUUGAACAGCUUCGUUGGCAUUGCGGCGAUUCAAAUCGCACUUACCGACUUACUGAAAGCUCUGGGUAUUACACCCGAUGGAAUAAUUGGGCAUUCCGUGGGCGAGCUGGGCUGUGGCUAUGCUGAUGGCUGCAUGACCUCCAAGCAGAUGAUACUAUGCGCCUAUUCCAGAGGUAAAGCUUCUCAAGACGUGGAACUAAUACCAGGAAUGAUGGCAGCAAUUGGUCUUGGUUAUCAGCAAAUAAAAUCUAUGUGCCCACCAUCUAUAGAGGUGGCGUGUCACAACAGCGCUGACUCUUCUACCAUUUCUGGACCGCGAGAAGACAUGGAGAAGUUCGUGAAAGAGUUGCAGGACAAAGGAAUAUUUGCUAGGCUUGUGAACGUUGCUAACAUCGCAUAUCAUAGUAAAUACAUUAAACCAGCUGCUCCGUACCUUCUUAAAUACUUGAAGGAAAUUAUUCCGGUGCCAAUUGCUAGAUCUUCAAAGUGGAUCAGCACAUCAAAUGCUGAAGAUAAAUGGGACACCGAAGUGGCAAAAACUUCCUCCGCAGAAUAUCAUACUAAUAACCUUUUGAGUUCGGUGCUAUUUGAAGAGGGUUCUAAACAUAUUCCUAAAGAUUCAAUCUUAAUUGAAAUAGCACCUCAUGGCUUACUGCAAGCUAUUCUCAAACGAUCUGUGAAACCCGGGUGCACGAACAUUCCAUUAACACAGAGGGGCUCCAAAAACGGUAUCCAGUUUUUGUUGGGCGCGAUCGGAAAAAUGUAUUUAGCUGGAAUAGACGUAAACGUCGCUAAAAUAUUCCCUAGCAUCGAUUAUCCGGUAAGCAAGGGCACGUGCGGACUCGCUCCAUUGGUGCACUGGGAACAUGGAGAGACUUGGAGAACUGGACUGGAAGAUAAACUAAACUACUUGGUCAGCGUAAAGGACUUGCAUAUAUCUUUGAACAGCGAUGAAUUCCGCGACUGUGCUUCCCAUCAACUUGAUGAGAGAAUAAUUCUUCCAUUAUCAUCUAUAAUAGACAUACUCCUCAGAAUCUUGAGUACAAGCCGGUCCACGGAAAUAACUGAAGCGAUAUUCGAGAACGUGCGAUUUAGAAACGUACUUGUUAUCCCAAAAGUAGGAAAUUUGCCUUUCUACGCUAUGAUUCAAAAAGGAAGCGGCGAAUUUGAAGUACUUUCUCAAGAUGAAAUCGUGGCCACAGGAAAGAUUACGAUUCCCCAACCCACCGACAAGAUAAUGCUUCACACUUACGACAUAGGAAACGUCGAAGGAGGACUGCAGUUAAGCACAUCCGAUAUUUAUAACGAAUUUGGCCAUAGAGGUUACAAAUACUCUGGCAAUUACAAAGAAAUCAAAAAGUUGUCCAUCACAGACAAUGGAUCUUUGGCUUUAAUGCCCGGCAGUAAAUCUUGGCAAAUAUAUUUAGAAGGAAUGCUACAACAAAAUCUCUUCAAGGAAGGAGAAAGGAAUCAAAACGUAGUAGUACCUACUACCAUCCAACGCAUUAAUAUCUCUAUUCCAAAUAUUCCUAAGGAACAAGCAGAUGUUGAAAUUAGCACUGAUUUCUCAACGGGAAUAUCAACUAUGCCUGGCUUACAGAUGUCUGGUUUAGUGACAAGUCCACUAUCAUUAACCAGUAAACAAACUUCCUAUGAUUCCAUCGACUUUGUGUCUCUUGGAAAGUGUGUCUGUGAAAACAUGGAAAACAUCCUUAGCUACAGCAUUAAUUUAAUAAUGGACAACUUUAUCGAUCCACUUUGCAAGAAUAUUGAUAUAAUUGAAGUCGCAGGGAAGAAUGAACCUUUGUUGCCAAAUAUCAAAAUGUUCUUGGAGAAAAAUAUUCAAAUACAAGCAAACUUAUCAUCAGUGACUGAUCCGAAUAUAACAAUAGUUUCGCAAAGUGAUCCUGUCUUGAUAGUGAGCAAUAACGAGAUAAUUGCUGAUAUCCUGAAGCCAAUUGGUCACAGUGUUUAUGUUCUGGCUAGAACUGGAAAGUUAAUCGACUCCAAUCCGAAUAUCAUAACUAUGAUUCAAUUCGACAUCAAAGGUGUUAAGUACAGUUUGCUAAGAAAAGUCGAAACCAGCAAACCGGUGCUUAUUUUCGUCAAAGCGGACACUUUAACAGACAAAGACCUCAACAAGGAUUCACUGCCAUGGGUUAAUGACUUGAAGAAUAAAUUAGGGAACAUCAAUGUUAACGACAAAUUAUGCUUGGUAUCAAGUGUAAUGCCGACGGAAGGAAUAACGAACUUUGUCCACAAUAUUCGAUCAAUAAACGAAUUUGUGAAUCUAAGAUUCCUAUUCGUCUUAGAUAAAAGCGCUCCAAAUUUCAGUGAGGAAUUUUACACGAGGCUCUUCAGAAACGAUAAUGUGUUAACGGUGGUCAAGGACGGCACUAUUGGCACUUACCUUGCGACUUGCAUUGAUUUCAAGGGGUCGACGGAAAGCGAUUUACAAGUAACCAGUUUGUAUUUCAAGGCUUCUCAACGCAAUGUUACGAUAGGCAGCGGCAAUUUGGUGUACCUGGGAAUUAACAGUAACGACGAGACGUUACAUUCAACUAUUGCUGGAUUGGGUAACAUAGAUUACUCAGCAACAACAAACAAUAAUAAGAGAAUCAUGGGUCUGGCCAGGCUGGAUAAAGAUACUUAUAAUUUGAUACCGGACGAUGAUCUCAGUUGGACAAUUCCAGAUUCUUGGAGUAUGGAGGACGCGUGUACCGUACCUCAUGCAUAUGCAAUUGCUUAUUACUGCUUAAUACAAAAAGCAAGGAUGGAACCUGGAGAAUCCGUGCUCAUACAUGCAGGAUGUUCAGCAAUUGGAUUAGCAGCUAUAUCGGUAGCUUCGAUGCGAGGAUGUACAGUUUAUACCACCGUUGCCACAGACUGGCAGAAAGCUUUCCUAAAGAAACAAUUCUCUUGCUUGAAAGACCGUCAGAUUUUGAGUUCGGAAAAUACUAGUUUUGAACCCUGCCUUCUUGCGGCAACUGGAGGGAGUGGUGUCGAUGUUAUCAUUAAUUGCCAAGUAGGAUCGCUCUUGAAUGCAUCCAUUCGCUGUUUAGGUGAUUACGGUAGAUUUGUUCAGCUGGGAAAACUAGAUAACAAGCAGGAUAAUACCAUCGGGAUGAGCGUAUUCCUUAGGAACACUUGCCUAAUUGGCGUGAUUCCAGAGAAUGUGUUUGAUGGUUGUGCAGAUGACAAGAAGGAAUUGAAGGCCUUAGUUCAGGAGGGUAUCGAUAAAUACGUGGUGAGGCCCUUGCACCGAAAAGUAGUAGAGCACCAGGCCAUCGGAAGCAUUCUAACCAGUCUUCAACAGUCCAAUCACAUAGGAAAGGUGUUGAUCAAGUUGAGCAAAGACAUAAGCUUGAACCAGUUGAACGCAAACAAACCAAAUCAAUUUAUCUGCAAUAACAAAGGAUCGCAUCUAGUGUAUGGAGGCACUGCGGAAGCAUGGAUCGACUUGGUGGAGUGGCUGGUGUUGAGAGGAGCCAGAAAUGUUGUGGUAGCUUCCGACGCUAAACCUCAGCAACUUUCAAUUAAACACAGACUAUCGCUGCUGAAGAAGCACUUCAAAGUGGAAAUUAUUUUCACACAGAAUCGUCCUCAGACCAAGGAUAAUGCAAUGGAACUGCUCACAGAAUUGUAUCGAUUAGGUCCCAUACAAGGAGUGUUCAUCCUUCCAAAUAAAACAAGCGUUACUAGAGUUAGUGAUAUAAAAUCAGUGCAAUACAUCGAAUUGGCAUUGAGAACGACAGCUCCGAAGGCAUUGUUCGUUAACUUUUGGUUUUCCUCUGCGGGUAUCUGUCAGAUCCGCUCCGACUCCGGUUUUGCCACUUUCAAUAUCCAGUGGGAUUCUGGUCUUGAAUUUAUUGACGGUUUAUACGCGCUCGAUGAUGUCCUCAGCUUCAAGGCGAACAACAUCUUUGUGAAGAAUGACAAGGUUAGCGAGAUCGAUCAGGAAACACCGCAAGCCCUGUACAAAAAAUUGAUGCUGUUACUGCCGCUCUCGAGCGACGAACUGGUAAAACGGUCGUAUUACAUGAGCGGAGAACCGGAAUUGGUUCAGCUGCCAUCGGCGGGACCGAGAAGAAUUCGCGAACUUCCACCCGUCAUCUUGGUUCCGGGCCUUUCAGGUCACGAGACCGUUAAGGAAUUCGCCAGAAAUCUGCUCUACCCCACGUUCUGCACGCAAUUACCGAACACGUUCAUGCCCAUUAAAACAGCCGCCACUAUCUUUGCCGAUAAAAUUCAUAAGUUGUUCCCGAAAGGUCCAUACAACAUCAUCGGUAUUUCGUGGGGUGGAGCUUUAGCUCUAGAAAUAUCAAGGAUCUUACAGAAAACGGCAAACACGCAGGUGACCUUAAUGGACGCCGCACCUGAAACUAUUCAGGCAGCCAUCAAAUACCUUGGCAAAGAUUCAAGUAACGAAGUAAACUUAUUAAACCGCAUAUUGAGUAUAAAUGAUGCUGAGGUGCUGAAGAGCUUAGGAGCCGUGCAGAACUGGAACGCCCGCGUGGAUGCGGCGCUCAAGCUUUACAAGGGUUCAGAGGACGACAAGAAGAUUCUAAAAAUAUCUCUGGGACUGUUAAAGGAUAAUUUGAACGCUCUAAUAGACUAUCAACCGUCUAAUGAGCCGCUCAAAGGAGACAUCUACUUCGUGCGACCCGCAGCCUCCAGUAAAUUCGAUAAAUGUGGUCUCGAAAACCACUUCGUCCAGGAACCGCAGAUAUUCAUCAGCAACGGCGAUCACUUGUCUUUAAUGAAAUCGGAACCGACAAUAGACUUCAUCAACGAGAAAGUCACCGUUAUUUAGAUUCAAUAUUAUAGAGUCACAAAUAUAUUCGCUAUUAUGUAAUAAAUAAAUAAAUAAACGGUUAUUGUGCACUUUU